AGUGUGCCAGAGCUUCAUCCGUCACUGCUUGUCAGAUCAUCAACGUCCUUCUCCUUCCUCUGUGCGAGUGAUGAUGUGAAUGUUCAGGUCUCUCUUCCCUUUCAUUUUCCUUACCGUUUGUCGCUGCUGAAGACCAUGGAAGCUCUGUCGAAGCUCUUCCUCUGUUAGCAUUUAAGACGCUUCUUCCUUCUCGCCGUCCGCUGCCGGUGACUGGAGAAAAACACUGAAACCCCUUCCUUUGACAGUGCUGCGCCGCGCGUUUUCAUUGGGCUUCUUCCUCCCCUGUUUUUCUUUGUUGUGAACUCCUCUCCUCUCCUUCCUCUGUUCGAGCUGCUGUGACAGGUUGAGCUCCAGGUUGCUAUUAAUAUUAAUGGCAGAGGUUGGAGUGUCAGUAGCAUCAAAACUUGCUGAAUAUUUGGUGCAUCCAACUUCACAACAGUUGCAAUAUUUGUUUUGUGUCGGCAAAAUCACCAAAAAUGUUGAGAUUAGAAAGGAGGAGCUCAUACUCAAGCAAGGGAGGGUCCAAGAACUUGUUCAAGAGGCCAUCAAUAGGACCGAGAGGAUUGAUGAUGAGGUUAACAAGUGGAAGAAUGACAUGAAAAGUCUCAUAACAGAGCUGGAGAAUUUGGAGGAAGAAGUAAAGGCCAACAAUAGCUUCCUUCGAAGGUGGUGUCCCACUUGGAGGAGAUAUUGUCUCUACAAAAAGUUGGCUAAGACAACCCGGAGGAUGAUAGAGCUAAAUACAAAGAGUGAUCAUUUUGAUUCAUUUUCUCAUCCUAUUACUAUUCCAGAUAUAGAAUAUCACUCUUCUCAAAACUUUAAGUUCUUCAACUCUACACAAAGGGCUUUUGAUCAAUUGUGGGAGGCACUGAAAGAUGAUGGCAACUCCAUAAUUGGGCUAUGGGGCAUGGGAGGUUCAGGGAAAACUACCUUGGUGACAGAAGUAGGAAAGAAAGCCAAAGAAUCAAAGCUCUUUGAUCGAGUUGUUAAAACUACAAUUUCUCAAAACCUUGAUAUAAGAAAAGUUCAAGGUGAAAUUGUUGACAUGUUAGGACUUAAAUUAGAGGAAGAAUCUGAAAUUGGAAGGGCAAGAAGAAUAGCACUAAGAUUACAAAAUGAAGAACGGAUUUUGAUAAUAUUGGAUGAUGUAUGGGCUAAGUUGAAUCUCGAGGACAUAGGGAUUCCCUUUGGGGGAAAUCAUCAAAGAAGAUGCAAAAUUGUCCUAACCACACGCUGCCUAGAUGUAUGCACUUUGAUGGAUUGCCAAAAGCAUAUCCAUCUUCAUUUGUUAAAUGAAAAUGAAGCUUGGACUUUGUUUCAAACUCAUGCUAAUGCUAAUGAUGCUACUAAAGAGGUUGUGGCCCGAGAAAUUGUUAAGGAAUGUAAGGGACUAGCCAUUGCAAUUGUAGCUUUGGGAACUUGCUUGAAAGGAAAAGGAGUUGAUGAGAUGAAAGUAGUAUUGUACAAAUUGAGGAAUGCCAAACCAAACAAUGUGGAUAAAGGAGUGAGGGAUGCUUUUGCUUGUCUUGAAUUAAGCUAUGCUUAUUUGGGAACAACGGAAGCUAAGCUAUUGUUGUUAAUGUGUGCUAUGUUUCCUGAAGAUCAUAAAAUUGUCAUUGAAGAUCUUUUCAGAUAUGGAGUGGGGUUAGGCCUAUGUAGAGAUGUAGACUCAUUUGAAAUAGCAAGGAGCCAUGUUAGAGCAGCUAUAAAUAAUCUUAUUGAGUCCUCAUUGUUGAUGCAUUUGUCAAAGAUCAAUGUGAUCAAAAAAGAUUACGUGACAAUGCAUGACAUGGUUCGCGAUGUAGUUUUGUGGAUUGCAUCUAAAGAGGAUCAUACCAUUAUGGUAAAUUGCAAAAAAGAAUUGAAUGAAUUGGUUGAUGAUGAAGGAGUAAAAGAUUGCUAUGCAAUAGCUUCAAGGUAUAACAUCAAUGAAUUACCUCAAUUUGCUUCUCGAUUGGAUGCUCCUAAGCUCAAGAUUCUUUUGUUAGAUUCAACAAAAGCCUUCAAUUUACCGUGUCAAAGAAUAAAAGGCUCUAAUUUAUUAGAUGCAUCAUUUGAAGGUAUAAAAGGACUCAAGGUUUUAGCUAUAAUUAAUAAAUAUGGAUUUAUCUCUUUGAUGGAAAAGCCUCGAUCAAUGCAAAAAUUGUCUAAUCUUCAAACUUUAAGGUUGCAGAACUGGGAUUUAGGAGACAUCUCUUUUGUGGUAAGCCUUAGAAGACUUGAAAUUCUUGACUUGCGGGGUAGUAAAUUUGAAAAAGUGCCAAAUGGAAUUGAAAAAUUAAACAAGCUGAAGUUGUUAGAUUUGUCAAGAUGUACAAUAUAUGAGUGUUGUUAUGAAGCAAUUGAGAAGUGUUCACAACUUGAAGAGUUGUAUGUUUAUCCACACUUUCACCAUCCAAGAAACACAAAUUGCUAUGAAUACCUUCUACGUACAUCUGCUAUGAAAAAAUUGAGAAGGUACGAGCUACAAAUAGGGGAUUGUGGUGAAGACAUUGAAUUUUGGAAUGAAGGCACAAGAUCUUUAUGCUUGGUUCAGUUAAAUAUCUCUAUGGCAGGUGCAAUAAUCAAAGAUCUUACACAAAGAGCUACUGCAAUUCAAUUUUAUGAGCUUCAAGGAGGCUGCAAAAGUUUCAUUCCUAAUAUGAUUCAAGCUAUGAGAGGCAUGAAUGAGUUAACUAAACUCUAUCUUCAACAUUGUUCAGAGAUAGAAUGCUUUAUGGAUGAAACUAUUGUUCAUGAAGAUGUGAUUGUCCCAAGAUUGAAUGAGUUGGAGCUUAUAGAUAUGGAUAAUCUAAAGCAAAUAUGUCCUGGCCCUUCUCCUCUUAGCUUGUUCCAAAAGCUAGAAAGACUAAGUAUAUCUGAUUGCCCUCAAUUGCUCCACAUGUUCCCUGAUGACUGCAGCUUAGGCAAUCUUAAAUUUCUCGAAAUUUCUGGAUGUCCUUUGUUGACAUCACUCUUCCCUGUCUCUAUUGUUUGCACUCUUUUGAAAUUGCAGAGGCUAUUCAUAAGUGAUGCUCCUCAUAUGAAAUUUGUAUUUGGUGAAAACAGUGAGGAACAACCUGAUCAUGAUCGAAUUGAGACUCAAAUAAUGCUUCCUCUUUUAGAAUAUAUCAAUCUAGAAAAUCUUCCAAAUCUUGCCGGAAUGGCUCUGAAAAGUAUCAUCCAAGGUGCCCAUCUAUAA